AUGUCUCGCGGUUUCCAAAACUUUAGCCGACCGAGAGGUCGAAGCAGAAAUUGGGAUCAAUCCCAACGAAAUAAUCGAACAAGACCUCCAGGACUUCGCGGAGCCGAAAUUGGUUUAUAUUACAAAGAACUCAACAUGAAGAAAAAGAAAAAGGAGCACGUGAUAAACCUCAAAAUCCCUUACUCAGUUCUAAAAGCCUUAGAAAAUGAAUUAAUAGCCAUAAGGAAAAUUGCUAGUACACAAAAUAUCACCUUACCAACAAAAAUUACACAGAGAUGUGAAAAAGCACAAGGUGAAUGUAAUUUAGCUAAUAAACCUGGAAUUUCAAGUGGUGAUAAUAAUGUCUCUUACUCUGAACCAAAACAGCAGUCUACCAGAAUGUAUGAUUACAAAUAUGGAUAUGAAGAUAUUAUAACAGGCUCAUUUGAUGAAAAACUCGACCAAUGCGUUACAAAAGGUAUUUCUAUAAAUACAAGUGAUGAUGAAGUAGAAAGUUUAAAUGAAGCUUUCUAUAUUGAGUAUGAGGAUAUGUUGGAGAGGAAUACUUAUAAAAAUAUGUUGAAAUUCCGCCAGAAAUUACCAGCAUAUAUAAAAGCCAAAGAACUUAUUAAAGCAAUUAAUGAUAACCAAGUAAUUGUUAUUAGCGGAGAGACAGGUUGUGGAAAAUCAACUCAAGUACCACAAAUCAUCUUAGAUCAUGCUAUUCGUACCAAAAAAGGUGCCCUUACUAAGAUUUUAGUUACCCAACCAAGAAGAAUUGCCGCCUCAUCACUGGCUAUCAGAGUGGCUAAAGAAAGGGCAGAAAAGCUUGGAAACUCUGUGGGUUAUGCUGUGAGAUUAGAAAAGGUUGACGAGAGAUCUCGAGGGAGUAUUCAGUAUUGUACAACUGGUAUACUUUUGGCUGAGUUGGAAGUUAACCAGGGUUUAACAAACUAUAGUCAUGUUAUAUUGGAUGAAGUACACGAAAGAGAUGUUCAUGUUGAUUUAUCCAUGUGUAUGUUGCAAAAGGUUUUAAGAAAACGCAAAGAUCUUAAACUAAUUCUUAUGAGUGCUACAUUGGAUGCUAAAAGUUUAUCAGCUUAUUUCGACAACUGCCCUCUAAUGCACAUUGAAGGAUUGGCAUACCCAGUGAAAGAUGUAUAUCUAGAAGAAAUAUUGAAUUUAACAAACUUCACACUGCCUACAGAAAGACCAAAAGCACUGCAGGCUAAGUGGAUGAAGUAUAGAAAAAAGAAUGUUGCAGAUGCCAUGGAAAAAGAUAUCCAAUACAGAGCUGAAAUUGGCAACUGGUUAGAAUCACAGAAGAAAAAUCUUAGUCUUCAAACAUAUAAAACUCUCCAAGACAGUAGAAUUGAGGAACUAAGUUUUGAGUUGCUGGUCGAUCUUUUGAUCUACAUCUGCAAGGGUGAACCUGGUGCUAUACUAGUGUUUCUACCUGGCAUCGGCGAUAUAACAAAAUUGAUGAGAAUGAUGGAAUCCACAAAUUUAUUCCCAGCUAACAAAUACGAAAUUUAUCCUCUACAUUCAAGGUUGCCGACAUUAGAACAACAUAAAAUAUUUGAAAGGCCACCAGACAAUAUAAGAAAAAUAAUAAUAGCAACUAAUAUAGCUGAGACAUCCAUAACCAUAGAUGAUGUUGUAUAUGUAGUGGAUUCAGCUAGAAUAAAAAUGAAAGGAUUGAAUGUUGAGAUGAAUCUAUCAACAUUACAGACAGAAUGGGUGUCACAAGCUAAUUUGCGGCAACGGCGUGGGCGCGCUGGCAGAUGUCAGCCAGGUAUAUGCUACCAUUUGUUAACAUCAUUCCGAGCUGAAAAACUAGAAGAACGUACACUGCCAGAGUUACAAAGGAGUGAUCUCUUGGAACCGGUGCUCAUGAUUAAAAGGCUCCGGUUGGGUUUGGCUGAGAAUGCAUUGAAGAUGGUGCCAUCGCCACCAGCGGAUUCAACUAUACAAUCAGCUGUGAAACAUUUGCAAAGGUGUGGGGCCCUCAAUACAGUGGAAACCCUUACUCCAUUGGGCUGGCACCUGGCUCGUCUUCCAGUACAUCCAGCUGCUGGCAAACUGCUUGUUCUGGGAGCCCUGGCUGGGUGCCUUGAUAGGGCUGCCAGCCUUGCAGCCGUCUGGGGCUUCAAAGAACCCUUCCAGAUGGUUAUCGGUAAAGAAUACGAAGUUGAUAUGGCAAAGCGUGAAUUCGCGAUGGGUGAACCUAGUGAUCACAUCGCAGCUUCGGAAGCGAUAAUUCAAUGGGAAAAAUGUCGAAGAAGAGAGAGAUCAUCUUUUGCGUAUAGAAACUUCCUAUCGAACAAUACUAUAGAAUUACUUGUUGGUAUGAAAAAUCAGUUCGGAGACAACUUGAGGCAGAUGGGUUUCCUACGUUCCGGUGAUGUCAAAUCUAAAUGGGAAAAUAGAAAUGCAGAUAAUCUGAGUCUAUUCAAAGCUAUAGUUGCUGCAUCACUAUAUCCAAACAUCGCUACAGUGAGAUGGACCAAUUUAAAUAAUUUCCGGAAGCCGCAAAGGAUUUCAGCGUAUACUCCAGAAGAUGGGCGACUAGUUAUACAUCCGAGUAGCGUUAUGGCGCCACCAAAAAAGGGCCAAAAUAGGGGCAAAGGACCAAGUCCCUCACAACUAUGUCAUAAUCCUGGCGCCAAUUGGCUCGUGUACUGGCUUAAGCAGAGGUCAUCCGACCUAUUCCUACUAGACGUCACACUUAUUUACACGUUACCUCUACUAUUCUUUGGUGAAUUCCAAAUAAGUGAUGAUGUAGAAAACCCGGAGAAUUGUUAUGUGAUGAUAUCAAACAUCAAAGUAUGCUGUAAAAGAGAAUGCACUGAUAAACUCCUCGAACUAAGAUAUUUAUUGGACAAGGUUUUGGAGACGAAGGUCAAUGACUCAAACGCUACAUCCAAUAAUAGUGAAUUCGAAGAAUCUGUUUUGAAAACCGUUAUUCAACUUAUCACAGCAGAAGAUGAGCAAGCUGAAUAUUUAGGAAAUGAAUUUUCUGAUUCCGACGCUUCGACUACGGAUGACAGAAAUUAUUAA